GGCGGCGGGCAGAGCGGGCGGAAGGAACCCGAGCCGGGCUGCCACCGUGUCCAAGCCGCCGCCGCCGCCGCCGCCGCCGCCACAGCUCCGCGGGGCCCGAGUCCGCGCCGAACGACCCCCGAGCCGCCCGCCGCGCCCCUGCGCCGCCGCAGCCGCCCGCACACCGACGCGGCCGGGUCGGGCCCGCCGCGGUCUCUGCUCCUACUCGCCGCUCGCACCGGCCUUCACUCUGGAGCGGCCCCGGCAGCCGCAGCAGGGGCGGCGGCGGCGGAUCGAGGAGCUCUCCAGGUCGUCCCGGGAGAAGCUGCUGCAGUCCCGGGACAGGAUGUUCUCCAAGUUCACCUCCAUCCUGCAGCACGCCGUGGAGGCGCUCGCUCCUUCUCUUCCUCUACAAGAAGAUUUUGUUUAUCACUGGAAGGCAAUUACCCAUUACUACAUAGAGACUUCAGAUGACAAAGCCCCAGUGACUGACACGAACAUUCCAUCCCAUCUGGAACAGAUGUUAGAUAUACUGGUUCAGGAAGAAAAUGAGCGGGAAUCCGGAGAGACUGGGCCAUGUAUGGAAUAUUUGCUCCAUCACAAGAUCUUGGAAACAUUAUAUACCUUAGGGAAAGCUGAUUGCCCUCCAGGAAUGAAACAGCAGGUUUUGGUGUUCUACACUAAGCUYCUGGGAAGAAUCCGGCAGCCUCUGCUUCCACACAUCAACGUGCACAGGCCAGUGCAGAAACUGAUUCGACUCUGUGGUGAAGUCCUUGCAACACCAACGGAAAAUGAAGAGAUUCAGUUCCUCUGUAUUGUGUGUGCGAAGCUGAAACAGGAUCCCUACUUGGUUAACUUUUUUCUGGAGAACAAGUUGAAAUCAUUGACUUCCAAAGGAGCAACAAAUGUAAUUUCAGAAGACAUAUUAAAAGGUGAAGAUUCCUUGUCAGCUGACACAGGACAGUCCCAUCAGCCAGAGGACCUGCAUGGUGCCACCGGAGUAGAGCCCGCGGAGUCAGAGGAGGAGCCCCCUCAUCAGAUGGACGACCUGUCCACGAGCUUGGAUGACCUCAGUGUCACCUCACUGCCCGAGGCCCCUGUUGUUCGUCCACACCAGGACUAUAAUUUAGUGAAUUCUUUGUUAAAUCUCACCAGAAGUCCUGAUGGCCGGAUAGCUGUGAAGGCCUGCGAGGGCUUGAUGCUGCUGGUGAGUCUGCCAGAGCCGGCGGCCGCCAAGUGCCUUACUGAGAGCACUUGCUUGUGUGAGCUCCUGACUGACAGGCUCGCCUCCCUGUACAAGGCCCUACCUCAGUCGGUGGACCCGUUAGAUAUUGAAACCGUGGAAGCAAUUAACUGGGGCUUGGACUCGUACAGUCACAAAGAAGAUGCUUCAGCAUUUCCGGGAAAACGAGCCUUAAUUUCAUUUCUUUCCUGGUUUGAUUAUUGUGAUCAACUCAUUAAGGAAGCGCAAAAGACUGCUGCUGUUGCUCUUGCCAAAGCUGUUCAUGAAAGAUUUUUCGUUGGUGUUAUGGAACCUCAGUUAAUGCAAACUUCUGAGAUGGGUAUUCUGACAUCAACUGCUCUGCUUCAUCGUAUCGUUCGGCAAGUAACCUCUGAUGUAUUGCUUCAAGAAAUGGUGGUUUUUAUCCUUGGAGAACAGAGGGAACCAGAAACUCUGGCGGAAAUUAGCAGACAUCCUUUAAGACAUAGGUUAAUUGAGCAUUGCGAUCACAUAUCUGAUGAGAUAAGCAUCAUGACAUUGAGAAUGUUUGAACAUCUUCUACAAAAACCCAAUGAGCAUAUUCUUUACAACUUAGUCCUAAGAAAUCUUGAAGAAAGAAACUAUACAGAAUAUAAACCUUUGUGCCCAGAAGAUAAAGACGUGGUAGAGAAUGGCUUAAUAGCAGGAGCAGUAGAUCUGGAAGAAGAUCCAUUAUUUACUGACAUUCCACCAGAUAAUAUUUUAUCAAACCAAGAGUGGCUUAACUCUUCACCUCCUGCUACUCCAGACCACCCUAGAAAUGAUGGGAAAACUGAAGUCCAUAAAAUUGUAAAUAGUUUUCUCUGUCUGGUCCCGGAUGAAGCAAAAUCAUCCUACCAUGUUGAGGGCACUGGAUAUGAUACCUACCUCCGAGACGCUCACAGGCAGUUCCGGGACUACUGUGCUAUCUGCUUAAGAUGGGAGUGGCCUGGGUCUCCAAAAGCAUUGGAAAAGUGCAAUUUAGAAGAAGCUUUUUUUGAAGGUCAUUUUUUGAAAGUUUUAUUUGACAGAAUGGGCCGAAUUCUUGACCAGCCAUACGAUGUGAAUUUACAGGUGACCUCAGUGUUGUCCAGACUUUCCCUCUUCCCUCAUCCACAUACACAUGAGUACCUUUUGGACCCCUACGUGAACCUGGCCUCUGGCUGUCGAUCCCUCUUCUCUGUCAUCGUCAGGGUUGUUGGUGACCUUAUGGUUCGAAUUCAGCGUAUUCAAGACUUCACCCCCAAGCUGCUGUUAGUCAGAAAGCGGUUGCUUGGUUUGGAACCUGAAGGUCCUAUUAUCGACCACAUCACGUUGCUAGAGGGUGUGAUUGUGUUAGAAGAGUUCUGUAAGGAGCUGGCGGCCAUCGCAUUUGUGAAAUACCACACUUCCUCCACACCAUGACUGACGUCUUUCAAGUCACUAGGGAUCCGGACGAUUGUGUACAGUCCAUCAGAAAAGACAGUUCCACCCAGCCGAGAGAGGACGAAAGCCUUUUUAAAGGAAGUAAACUGCACAGAACCRUUAAGAACCAUUGAGUGAACACGCAAUAAAAUGCGGCAACCUGUUUUUGUUGCUUUAUUUAUCACAGUGGUUCUCUCUAUAGAUUUGCACGUUGUUGAACCCCGGAAGCAGUUGAGGGACUUGCAGGAAAUAAGGCAUUUCCAACAACUGUGUGAAAGCUGCACAAUUUCUGAUGUCACGACUUUGAUGAUACUUCUGUUUUUUUAAUAUCCUUUUAGGCAGCAAGGCAUUUACAUUCUCUGGGACUCAAAUGCUUAUAUUCUUUUGGAUUAAUAAGCAGCAAAAAAAUUACUAAUUUUAUAACUUUUUACGGUUAUGAUUCUUAUCAAACAAAAAUAUUUAAAAAACUGUAAAUGAGAAAAAAUAUAUAUAAUUCAGGAACCAACAAAGGAAUUGAGUUAAUUAUAGGAGAUAAAAAUGUGUAGAGCAACAUUAACUUUCUUCAGCUUUUCUAAGAAUAACAAUUUAAUAUGAUAAAUUCUUGAUUAAUAUAAUAUAUAUAUUUUUAAAGAAAUGUUCUUUUACUCCUCUGUGCACAUAGCCAUGUUAGUGGUUGAUUUCCAUGUCUGGGUCCCARUUGAUUUAAAUUGUCAUUUUUUGCAGCAACAUCGAAUUUAUGCUCAUCAUUGGUAGCAUUUGCUAAAAUGAUAUUUUUUUAACCCAAUUAAAUUAACACAUACUGGGUUGAGAAGCUUUUUUCCCUCCCUUUCUGAAAAUUGCUGAUGAAAUUGCUUUAUAAUUUGUUUUUGUUAUCGAAGCGCGUCCAGGUGGGGAACCAACUGAUAACUCUUAGCAAUCAGAAUGCCAAUGGCCUCUUACUGUUUACAUUUUUUUCAUUUUGUUGGGUUUUUUUGCUGGUCUGCAAUGAUUCUAAAGAGAUUAAACAAAACAGUCUUUGAAUGUCCUGUUUACAUGUUAAAGGAUUGUGGGAAUUCGGGGUGUCCAGGAGUGGGCACACAUGGGGUGAAAAGUUUAGCCAAGCAGCGCUGUGCACAGCAUGCCAAGUGRGCUGCACAAUUUGUUUGCUAUGUCUUUCUUUUCUGUCUUUAAAUGAUACUUAUCCCUCAGUUGUCACUUUUAAGCUUUUUUUUUUAAGUUGAAAUAUUAAGCAGCAGCACUUUCCUCUGCAUCUUUCCAUUCACUAAUAUUUGGAGAAGAGACUGUCAUGUUCCAGCUGGAGAGAUGUGUCUCUACUCUCCUGAGAAGCCCUUUUAUGUAGCAUGUUUGCAUAUGCACAUCAUGUGGCCAUGUGCUUAGAAGCAUGUUUUACACUUAUCUGCUUACUUUAUUGUAUUACUAUUUCUGAUUUACUUUAUAAUUAGUUUUUACUAUUAAGAAAAAAACUAUAUCAUGAAUAGUCUCAGCUUUACAAUGUGUACCAUUGUUAAAACAAGAAGACUUUAUCUCUAAUUUGAUGCAAAUCUUUCUUAGCUCAUAAGAAAUGCAUUAAGUAAAACAGUGAAGCAAAAAAAGUGAGAGAGUUACUUCAUGCAGGAUUUUCUUCCAGAGAUUUUGAGUGAUAGGAAAACAUUCAGUUUGCUAUAUUUAUUGUAGUUUACUCAAGGAACACUUCAAUGUCUCCACUAUAGGUGGUAGUUACAAUCUACAGAUGUAUUUAAAACAAGGCAUUAAGAGAUAUUAGAUAUUUCUUAAUGUUUUUGUAGUGUUUAAUAGGUGUAGUAGCGAUGAUAUUAUGUCUCAAACCAAAUAUGUUCUUAUCCUUGAUUUCACAGAGGGACCUUAUAGCUAAUUCAUGAACCAAGCUCAGAAAAGCUUUAAUUCUUAUAUUUGAUAUAUGUAUGCUGCUUCUAAAAAUGUAAUUUUCCUAAGUUAUAAUGACUUUUAUUUGUUCUCAGCUAAGGCUUAAGUUUUAGUUUUCUUCUUUCUUUUCUUUUUUUUCAUAUUUAGUUCAGACCUAGAGUCAGCACAAGUUAUCACAGUGAGUUGAAUUUGUUAACAUAGUACAACACUAAUCUUUUCCUCACUGUUUCUCAGAAGCUGAAUACUUCAGUUAUUCAGUACUUGCCACAACAAUGACUAAAAUGCACUGUGUUGCGUAGAAAGUGCCACCUCAAACAUUGAUUGCCAUAGCCAAGUUCCAAACUGCAUUUUAGCCCUGCUUCACAUUUGUAUAAAUAGGUAGGCACUUUUUUUUUUUUAACAUUCUAACAGUAUAGUCAUUGGGUUUAUUUUUGUUAAUGAGCCACGUUCUUUACUUGAUAGAACUCAGAUUUGUCUUAGCCAAUUUCAUGGUAGAACUCACAUAACCCUUUAAUGUUCUCAUAAAGCAUCUGUUUGUGCAAUAUGGAAGCUGUGAGUGGAUUCAUAGCUUUUUGGUUUAAUUGUACAUUAUUGUGUUGUACAUGUGUAUAUAUAUGUGUGUGUAUAUAUGUGUGUGUGUAUAUAUAUAUAUAUGAGGACCAAAAUCCUUAGCUUGCUUACACUGUUGCUAGUGUAAAGAUUGUUACACUUAAUUUUAUGGGGCACAAAUUAUGGAAUUUCUUCAUAAAUUCAUGGUAACAUUUCAUAAAUUAUUGUAUUACUAUACAAUUCAACAUUUAAUUAUGAAGUUCUUAGGUAUUGACAGAAGAAGUUACAGUGAAGUGCUAAAACCACAAAUUGUAAUUACACUUUGGGUUGUACAAUAUGUCAAAAUAUGCAUGUCAUUGUGACACUUGGUAUGUUAAAACAUGAUAAUCAUACUUCUGGGCCCUGUAAAAUAGUGUUACUGUAAUACUCUGUUGGCCUCCUGCCUUGUUUACAUUAAACAGAGGAUAUUUAGUAAAUUUUUCUAUGAACGUUGUGUAGGUUACUGACAGUAUUAUCAAGGUCUGGACUUCGUGGGCCAUCUAGGGAAAAGCUAUUCAGAUGGCAAUUGUGUACCUACCCUCUCUUCAAAGGAGGUUGCAAUCAAGUUCAACUUUUUGUGCUAACAAUGCAUGCAGGACUAAGAGGGAUAAUU